GCUGAACUGUACUGCACGUACCCCGCGUGACAUGUCCUUCCAUGCCUUUUCCCAGUCUUUAUCUAAUUAUCAAUGCCGCCGUUGUGGCCAUGAGGAGUCUUCACCCGGGCGCUCACUCUGCGUACUACGACUACUAUGUCGUCGAGACUGUGAGAUCCCGCUGUCAGAGCGGAUGCGGUGCACAGUGGCAGCACAGAAGGGUCUGCGGGAGCCUUUUGCUUUUCCAUGCCCCCAGUGCUGGCGCUUCGGACGAAGCCAACCACCAUCGUUGCCACUAUUACUCUCUGAUUAUACAAUGCAGGUCUUACGCUUCUUCAUCAGCACAGAUUCAUCGCUCAAGUCUGGUGUGGCGUUCGAUGGCAUCCCUCGCGGGGACCGCGACCAGCCUAGACUAAUUAACCUCAUGGUAGACCAGCCUGAACAUUUGUUUUGGUCUUCGAGGUGCCUCACCCAGGAACGCUUUACGCGCCCAGUUCAGGGUUGUCAUCGUGGCGUCGACUUCUCCAGACCCUCCGCUACCGAUGUCUUUGACGACCUCUCAUCAGAGCUUCCGGUUGAGACUCCGCUAUCACGAGGGACGGCGGCAGUCUCGUUCAAGCUGUCAAGCCACAGCAACCUUCACAGCCAUCUCUGUGGGGCUGGAGUCGUGAAUUUCUCAUGGCGCAGUUUCGCUUGGAAUUAGAUCCUCUAAUCUUGAUGGAGUUAGUCGACUCUUCCGUGGCGCAU